CGACGAGCGAAAUGAACUGGCGGCGGUGUGGCUGAUCUGGGAGCCAGACUGCCGCUUCAAUUCAACCUUGAUUUUAGGAUAUUGAGCAGUACGCUCUCACCACUCUAUCGCUGUGUUUCGUAUUAACGAAAACAAAAAUACAGUAACCCAGGGUACGUGGCUGUCACCAAAGAUAGUAACAUGUAUGAUGUAUCUUUGGUUUUAUGUGCCACUAGCGCUAGCGCUACGCGAUAUUUAAUAUUUGUAUGCACGUUGAUCGCGAAUGGGUGCGUGUCCGUCUCGAACGCGAAGCUUAGGACCGGACGUGGACGGCCGAAGCUCAUCAUCCCGUGGCGCCACAACGGCGUGUGUACCUUGAGUUUCAACCCUGUUACCACCUUCAUCAUGUCCAUGCUUAGCCCCACUAGUGUGGCACGGACUCUCACUCCCGGCCCGAUCCCAUCCCGGGAGUGAUCCGUGCUACACUAGUGGGGCUAGUCCAUGCUGUGUGCUUCAACCAUUAACCAAUCAGAUUCUGACUAGUAGUCGGCAAUGAUGAGUCGGCAAUAAAAACAUAAUUUCUGUGAACUUCUGAUCAUAAAUAGGGCCUAGGGCCUAUCAACCAUGUCCUAGUCUACAUGUACAUGGUCCUAUGAAUGUGAUGCAUUGGUCAUCAGGUCAUGUUGGAUUUGGCCUAGCACCACUGGCACGGACUCUCACUCCCAGUCCAUCCUUGGAGCGGGAGUGAGAGUCCGUGCCACACUAGUGGGGCUAGAUUAGGCCUAGACCUACAUGUAGGCUAUGCAAGUUAGUGUGAUGUUUCCUGAUGACAGAGGCCUUUCUCUAGUCGGAGCAUGAUUUGACCCUACAAAUUGCCUUUUCUAACAUGUGGACAAGGUCGGGUGAUACUAGUCCAAAGGCAAUUUGUAGGGUCCAAAUUACUCGGACCAGGCCUACUCGGCAAUAAGCCAAUUUCCUGUUUCGUCGCCACGUUGAUUUGAGUCCCCCCGCACGAGUAAGUGAACUCGAAGUGAACAAUGACAAUCACAAGUAUCCAUUUGCCUAACAUUCCGCAAAGUUGUCAUGAAUUUGUUCUCCUCUGUUAAGUCUUCUGAACUUGCGCCCAUGAAAAAGGCUUAUUUUUAGUAAUUUUUUUUCCGGCAUAUCCGAUAAGUACUCAAGCAGCAAGACAGAAAAUAAAACCCUUUUCAACAUUCUCAGGCCUACAUCAUGGUCCGAGUAACAAGGAUUCUACAAAAUCUCUUUUAACAUUUGGAUAUGGUCUAGUAUUAACAGAGUUGGAGAAUGCCGAAUAUUAAAGUUAAAACUAUUAUGUUAUUAAAGUCACUACUCUGUGUGUAGUGAGACCAAGUAGACAUGUACUAUCGCUGACCAUCAGGACCGUCAUAAUUACGUGUAUGUUCAACAUUCGUAGAGACCUACAUGUAACGUUAGUUCAGUUGCUCGAUCUUAUCGGACUAAUUACAUGUACAUCAAGGAUCAUGGGAUUGGAUAACAGCAAAGCCUUGCAUGAAUUAUGGCUAUGAAUAGUGUGAGGAAAGUGAACCUGUCAAAAGUCAAUUCAUAAUUUUCUUCCAACUAUUUCUUAAAAGUACCUGCUCAUCAAGUUGGAGAUGAAUACAUAGUCGUACUAGUGUUCAGGAGUACAUAAGUUUGCUAGAAGAGAAAGUGCUCUUAAUUUUGUUUGUUUGUGAAAGGGCACCAGUAAGCCAGUCAAAGAAUGAUGGAAAAUGAACAUGGUGAAUGCAGGCAGAAUGAGCUUUCAGCCCUCAUUCUGAUUGGCCAAUACCCUGAAUACUGGCUCAUUGACAUUCAUGAUAGGAUGUUUCUGUUGGGGAAGGGAUUCUCCCAAAUGUUCUUUUUCUGAUAAACUUAACAUUUUAUUUUUUAUUUAUAACUUCAUCCCCAAUGUUCAGUGCACCACUGUAAAAAGAGAAUGGUUUGAUUUGACUGUCAUAAAAUGAAGACAUUAAUAUUUUGCAGGUACACUUCUGUGUGAUUGUGCAUAAUAUGCAUGGACCGGUACCCGUCCCUAUUAUAUCCGGUUCGUAAGUGACUACAUCAUACCCUGAUGUGGACGCAUCACUGAUUGCAGACUUCCGUUGGACAGACAUUCAUAAUUGCAGAAAACAUCACACCUUUGUUUAGUGCUUGCCUUCAAACCUACCAGUAUAAGAAAUCCGUUCACAUGCAUGUACAUGAGAGCUACAUGUGAACCUGAAGAGCAGUCACUUGCAUCCAUUUGUCAGAAUUCCAAGAUGAGCGAUGUAGUCAUAAUCCUGCAAUGCUGUGCAGAGUUAAUGCAAACAUCAGAGAGCAUCAUCUGAGCUGUCAUGUGAUUCAUUGUUCUGUCUGCUGUCAACACACUACCAAUUUUGUGAACUUCACUGCUCCAAAUUAUAUGAACCUGUUGGAGGACGGCAGCUGACAGAAUUCCUGUGACUGAAUUUCAUUAUUGCCUUCAAGUUAGGAUCCAAUUUGUCAUUCCUCAAGAAUUCACAGAGAGGUAUUAAAGACAGACAAUGUGUUUGACAGUGCUCAUGUUGAAUCCCAAACCUGAGAAGGAUGGAUAUCGACUCGUACUUGCCUUUAAUCGAGAUGAGUUUUAUGAGAGGCCCACCAAGGCGUCUGAGUUCUGGGACAGGAAUCCUGAUAUUAUAAGUGGUCAGGAUAUGACUGCAGGCAAGGAGGGAGGGACAUGGCUAGGGAUGAGUCGAUCAGGAAGAAUAGCAAUGCUUCUAAACAUUAUUCAACCACAUGGAAUUGACCCUGAUGCCAAAGGGAGAGGAUCACUUGUGUCAGAUUUUCUCCAAGGUAGCCUGGAUGGCCAGACCUACCUCCAAGGCAUAGCAAAGGAGCGAGAUUUAUACAACGGCUUCAAUCUCAUAACUGUAGAAUUGGGGAAAAGUGGAGGCAUUGAUGCCAACUACUUCACAAACUACACUCCAGAACGUAUGGAUCCCAUCAAGUUGAAGCCAGGGAUUCAUGCAUUUUCAAACCACACAAUCAGAACAUCGUGGCUAAAGACAGAUUACGUGAAAACAGAAUUUGAGAAAAUCAUCCCCAGAUCAAGCCUUGACAGAGGCAAGUUGACUGAAGAGUUACUGAUGAUGAUGUCGCGUGACGUACCCCUCGUAUCCAGUUCAGACAUUUCCAAAGAGGACAUGGACAUUCCAAAAUUCAGAGAAUUGCUCAGGGAACUGGUUUUCAUCAAAUCUAAUACAUAUGGGACAAGAACCACAACUGUAAUCCUUGUUGAUGCGGCAGGAAAUGUGUCAUUCACUGAAAGGACAUUAAAAGAACCAAUAAAUCCUGACCAUCUGGAAUGGGAACAGCGAACACAUACAUUCUGCCUGCAGGAUACCUGGCAAACCAAUCUAUGAUUGAAAUCCAAGAGUGCUUGGCGGCCGACUUUGCAGGAGAGAACUUGGAAUCUGACUUUGCAAAAAGAGCAUUGAGUCCCACCUAGCAAAGACUGCUUUAAAUAACUACUUUGUAAGAACAAGCUUUUUGACCCUCCAACCUCAUCUACCUUUACACCAGCGAAAUUGAGUGAUUGUUUUAAGCAAUUAUGAAGAUUUCCUGAAGACAAAAUAAAUCACACAACCGUCACUGAGUCAUUAGAGUGUAACAAGUGUUAGCCAGAUGCUGUAAAAUGGUGACCUAACCUUGGUGACGUAAUCUUCGUGUCCUAACCUAUGCAAGAGGGGACAGACAGCAAGUCUACACUUCAUGGAAUUUCAUUGGUUACUGUGUAAUAUCACCUGUGGUCUGAUUGGUCAGUGCCAAGCACAAGGCAACUCAUUACAUAUUUUAUACAUGUAUGUACUCUUCACAAGCAGUGUUUGAUUUCUUCCCUCACUCUUACCUGUGAAGUCAGAAGCUUAGGCGAGCAUGUGCAACAUGUCAUAAAUAAAUGAUCAAGGGUUCUUGUUUUGGAUGUAAUCUCUGGACCCAAAGGUCACAAAGAAAUAAAAGUUGUAACACUUAUGCGACAGACCUCAGCACGCACACAUAUCUGGCAUUUAUUUCAUAUCAUUUCUUUAAAGCCAUCAAUUUGUUAAUGAAGUAUUUGCAACUGCAUCAACACUCCGCAUCGUAAAACUAAGCCGCCUUUUUUUUUUUCCAUUGCAUUUUGGGAUACUUCCCCAAGUAACUAGCUUAGUGGGUCAGUCACUUUGGUCAGGCCCAAGCAAGUGCAUCCACCGACAACAGUUACAUCAAACACAGUCCCGCUUACCGGAGUAAGCGCAGAGGGUAGUACUCAAACACACUGAAAUGUUGACUCCACAAAGUUUGUGACAGCAGAAUACUGUAUGGUCUAAGUUUGUGUUUUGCCAAAUCAGAACAAACAAGCCAGGCAGCUCAUCAUUUAAUGGUUUACUCGAAAAAGGAUCUGCAUAGUGUCCAUCUAUGUAAAGGCUGUGUGCGACAGCAAUAGAGGGCUCUGUUCAGUCUGCUCCUGCCGUCCAGAAGUGCAGAUGGAAAAAAACGACUUGCGUCAUAUGCAUAUCACAUUGAAGAUACGUGGCUGGGAAGUUGAAAAAUCAAAUUGCAAAAGAAUUGAUAGAAUAAAGUAUAGAUAUUUAGGAUUUGCAUA